AUGAAGGAAGCCGUCAUUGCCAAAGGGCCCAAAGUCCAGAUUAUCGACUCAUCCAUCCCCACCCCCGGACCCGACCAAGUCGUCACCAAGGUCAUCUUCAGCGGCAGCAACCCCAAAGACUGGAAGCGGCCCGAGUAUGCAGGCGACAAACCCCCCAUCAACCAAGGCGACGACAUUUCAGGUAUCGUUCAUGCCGUCGGCGAUAACGUGUCCGAGUUCCGACCGGGUGAUCGCGUGGCCGCCUUCCACGAGAUGGGGGCGCCGGGUGGGAGCUAUGCCGAGUACGCACUAAGCGAGAAGCACACUACCUUCUAUCUACCGAAGAAAACGAGCUUUCAAGAAGGCGCAGCCAUCCCUCUCGCCGCCAUGACAGCAGCCCUAGCCCUCUUCUACCGCCUUGCCCUCCCCAAACCCGACACCCCGCGCCUCGACUCCUCCCCACCCCUGCCCCUCGUCAUCUACGGCGCCUCCUCCGCCGUCGGCAGCUACGCCAUCCAGCUCGCCCAACGCGCCAACAUCCACCCCCUCAUCUGCAUCGCCGGCCGCGCACAACAGCACGUCCGAUCCCUCAUCACGCCCGCCAAAGGCGACACCAUCGUCGAUUACCGGCAGGACUCUGAAGCCGUCGUGGAAGGGAUACGAAACGCGUUGCCGAAGGGAACGAAGUUGGAGUACGCCUUCGACGCCGUCUCGGAAAAGGGCAGUUACCUCAAUAUCUGCAAAGUCCUCGACCCGCAGACCGGCAAGAUCACGCUCGUGCUCCCCGGGAAGAAGUACGAAGAGAUCCCCGAUACCAUCCAGCAGACUCUCACGCGUGUGGGCGACGUGCACGCGGCGUAUGGCGAUGAUUUGCGGGAUUUCGGGUAUAUCUGGUUCCGGUACAUAUCGAGAGGAUUGGAGGAGGGUUGGUUCAAGCCGCAGCCGCAGGAGGUGGUGCCCGGUGGGUUGGAGGGGGUGGAGACGGGACUGAGGAAUUUGAAGGAGGGGAGGGCGAGUGCGGUCAAGUAUGUUUUUGAGGUUGGGAAGACGCCGGGGGUCAGUGGAGCGUGA